AUGUUACAAAGUUCUCUUAUAUGGAACAAAAAACUUGCUUUAUUGUUUAUGGUCAUUCUUACGGUAUUCGUUACUGUAAGUUUGGCCGUCGCAGAUAAACGUAAUUUAUCCGUUGAUAGGUCUCGUUUCCAUGAACGACAGGAACCAAAAGAAGCUCCGAAAGAGGCACCAGAACCUCCUAAAGAGGCACCUGAACCUCCUAAGGAUCCAGAACCUCAAAAACAACCAGAGCCAGCCAAAGAACCCGAGAAUCCAGCCAAAACGCCAGAUGAUGGUGCAAAAGAACCAAAUGAUCCUGCAAAAGAUCCGGGAAAAAAUCCAGAUGAUCCAAAUGGUGGAGAUGCAAAAGAACCAAAGGAUCCCAAUGGUGGAGGUGCGAAAGAACCAGAUGAUCCUGCAAAAGAUCCGGGAAAAAAUCCAGAUGAUCAAGGAUGUGUGGAUCCAACAAAAUGCCCAACACCACCACAAUGUGAUGCAGCAAAAGAUCCAACUUGCGUAAAGACGCCACCAACGGAAUGUCCUGAUAAUGAUCCAAAUUGUGCAAAGACGCCAACGGAAUGUCCUGCCAAUGAUCCAAAUUGUGCAAAGACGCCACCAACGGAAU